AUGACAUCCCACAGAAUCUCCCCACACAACCUGCCAACAGAUUUUUUAAUGACAUCCCACAGAAUCUCCCUCCACGACCUGCACAUAAGAUCUAUUGAUGACAUCCCACAGAAUCUCUCCACACGACCUGCCAACAGAUCUAUGGAUGGCAUCCCACAUAAUCCCCCCACACGACCUGCGAACAGAUCUUUUGAUGACAUCCCCCAGAAUCUCCCCACACGACCUGCCCACAGAUCUAUUGAUGACAUCCCCCAGAAUCUCCCCACACGACCUGCGAACAGAUCUUUUGAUGACAUCCCCCAGAAUCUCCCCACACGACCUGCCCACAGAUCUAUUGAUGACAUCCCCCAGAAUCUCCCCACACGACCUGUCCACAUAUCUAUUGAUGACAUCCCCCAGAAUCUCCCCACACAACCUGCCAACAGAUCUAUUGAUGACAUCCCCCAGAAUCUCCCCACACAACCUGCCAACAGAUCUUUUAAUGACAUCCCACAGAAUCUCCCUCCACGACCUGCACAUAAGAUCUAUUGA